CCUUCUCUCUGUUGUUUCCGCUGCGUGCUCGAAUUCUGUGCUCCAACAGCCGCCACCACCACUCCUUCUGACAUUAGCUAGCUACUCCUACUCUCUCUGCGUCCUUACCACCGCCACCGACCUCUCCACUCCCUCUGCAGCUCGAACGCCUUCUAAACCCCAUUUAUUUACAAAGCCGAGAUUGGAUUUGUGCUGGAAGCUACCUUUCCUGGAUAUAUAUUCUCGCUUCUUUCUUAUACUUUUGCUUUUUAGUCGAGCUUUUUUUGUCACUCUUUGUUUCCUCUUGAUGCUUUACGUUGGAUUCUUUGUGGUUGUAUCUGUUGAUUUCUUCGAUGGUUUAAUUGCAGGGAGGAAUUGAGCAAGUGGCUAGAUGCGAAUUAUAGAAUAAACAGUACGAGCUAAGAAAUGGAUGCAACGAUGUCGUUGAUGGUCCCCGUUAAGCGAACGGAGCAUGUCGAAGUAACCCCCAAGGCUUUCCCGUCGCUCAGGACGCACCGGCAAUGGGACGGAGGCUCCAGGCCGCGCACCCUCAGAAUCCUCUGCGACGACCUCGACGCCACUGACUCCGACGACGAGGAGUCAGAGUGCUGCCGCAUACGCCGUUACGUCCAGGAGAUUCGUUUCGAGCACCGCCCCGAGGCCGCUGGAGAGGAUGAGCCCACCAGGAAGAGAAAGAAGGGACCUGGUUCUGUGGCCGCUGGUGGCGAUGGCGGUGCGCACAGGUUCCGCGGCGUCCGACGGCGGCCAUGGGGCAGGUACGCGGCGGAGAUACGCGACCCGUGGCGGCGCGUUCGGGUGUGGCUCGGCACGUUCGACACCGCCGAGGAGGCAGCCAAGGUGUACGACUCGGCCGCCAUCCGACUCCGCGGCCCUGACGCGGACACCAACUUCUCGCAGAAACCGCCCGCCGCCCCCGCGCUACCUUCUCAUCCUCUUCCUACCCCACCUCCGAAAAAGUGUCUCUCCACCAGCAACCUCACCUCCAUGUACGGGGGAGGCUACGACUCCGGCGACGAGUCGCGAAUCCUCUCCUCCCCGACCUCAGUCCUGCGAGGCUUCACUUCCUCCACCACCGCAUCGAUGGAGGUGGCCGGAAAGCCGAUGUCUCCGACGACUUCCACAGACUCCGACGUCGCCGAGCUCGGCUUACCGUGGCAACACUGGGCCUUUUUGCCCAUCGAAGAGGCGACGCCACACUACAAUUUCUUCGACUUCGGCGCAGCGGAGCCGAGCCUAUACCACAACGACUUGUGUCGUACAAGCUUCGUAUCCGAAGAGUUGAGCCACGGCUUCCUCAGCUCUGAAAAACUCGAACUCAGCUCAUCUACGUGGCAGGAUCAAGACGACUGUUUUCAGGAUAUCUGUGAUUUAUUCCCUAUCGAACCGCUCACCGUUAUUUGAGACAGUCAUGCGGACGCCGAUUUAUCGGCUGAUUUUGCAGCGACAAAAAAAAAAAACCUAUCAAUUUUGUAUUUCUUUUUUGACCUUUUGUUUUAAAAUUAUUUUAUCUAGUUAUUUCAGAAAGUCCAAAUCUGUAUAAUUAUCCCUUGACUUUUGGUUUUACAUAAAAUGUAGCGCAAUUA